CGUCGCAAUCUAUUAUACAAUGUGAUUCAAAAAGUAUUAAACACAUGAAAAAAGUUUUAUAUUAAAUUUCACAUAAAAAAACAAUACUCUGAAUCAUUUGAAAAUCAUUAAUUUAUAUUUAAGAAAAUUUAAUGCUUAAUUAUGAAUUUCGAGGGAAUGCACAACAGUUUAUCAAGAAUAAUUUUUUUUGUUAACAAAACUUUUUCUCUGUACAUAAAAUUUUUUUGUACAAAUUGUAUAGUAGAUUGCAUCGUGCUCUUUAAGCACGUCGUUAACAACAUUGUUUGAAUACACAGUGUGUUCCAAAAAGAAUUAUUUCCUAAAAAAAAAAUUUUGGAUAAAAAAUUCUGCAUCACUUGGGAAUCAGGGAAGCUGAGUUAGGCCAGCGCUACAGGUGGCGCAAUCUAGGUAGUUGAGUUAGGCCAGCGACCUUCUUUAAUCCCUUGUCAAUUAUUAAUUAGGAGUAUUAAUAAGUAAUUAGGAGAAUGAUGUGUAGAUACAUUAAUUACUCUUUCUAUAAUUUUGGAUAACGUCGGUAAAAUACUUAUGGACCGAAGGUCGCUAAAUGUUCCAGGCUUAUUUCAUUUUGGCUAUGGUUAAAAAACUGUGCACAUGCUUGUUAUUUGGGUCUAUAAAAUUUCGUGUUAUCGAGAGUUUAGAAAAUUAGAAAUUACUCAAAAACUGCUGAAUAAUAUAAUUGAAAUGUGCCGUUUAUCCUGAUCUGAUUUUUCCGCGAGGAAGCAUCAUUCUGCUCCAAGUUUUCACUAGUGUAAAUAUAUUGGGGUUAAGAUGCCAAAAAUUCCAAAUAGCGAGAAAUGCUCUCUCAAUAUUUUCGAUGAUGGAAAGGCGCCCCGUUGCGAUAGCUGUGGGGUCUUUUUCCAUUUAGAUGAAAAGUGCUCUGGAUUGUGUGCCAGUGAGCAACGCUCAAUUGUUCUUCAAAAGAGCUCAAUGAUCUUUUUCUGUGAAGACUGUAAAACUUCCUUCAAGAAAAUUCCUCUAUUGAUAAAUAAAUUAGCUGCUAUAGAGAGCAAAGUUAAUUCCUUGGAAGAUAAGGUUACCAGUAUUGAGGAGAAAAUUCAAACUUUAAAAACUGAGGGCUCUAGUUCGCUAAACUCUGACUCAGUAUCUUACGAAAUUCAUGAUCGCAUUACUCGAGCAAGCAACUUGAUGGUCUACAAUGUUAAAGAAUCAUCUAGUACCUGUUUUUAA